GAAGAAAAAGAAGUGAGAUGACAUUCCAAGUGGGAUGGAUAACAGCUGUGUAUUUUCACGUAAAAAACCUUUGCAAUUUUCCUUAUGAAAUAAAUUACUUUGUGCAUAUCAAAAGACAUAGGACAGAUUAAUAAAUUUGACUUAAUAGUUGUGUGAUAUUUUAGUGAAAGUGAUUGAUACAACUUGAAUAAUCAGCAUUCUUGGGUGUUGAGGAAAAUACUGCUGCUUUACCCCAGACCUUACCACGUACCAAAAUGGAGUUAGAGUUUCGUCGUGGGUUACAGAUUUUUUGAGUGAUAUUCGAAAAAGAGAUUCUGUAAGACAAAUUCAAAGGGAAGAACCAUCUCAAGGAUCUAAAGUUACAAAUUCAAAAAGUAUCGAUGAAGCAAAGAACGAAAGAGUUCAAGUAAAUUUUAAGCAUGAUGAUGAGAUUGCUAUAGAGUCAAAAACUAUUCCUAUAGACGAGGCAUGUAAUGAUGCCAAGAAUAUCACAGAAUCAACACAUAAUGAAUCUACGAUAGAGUCAUCCAGAUUUCAGAAAAUAAUUCACGCUGGCCAAGUUCUCGGGCGUUUUACACAAGCGGGCGAGACUUCUAUGGAAAGUUUAACAUCCCUGGGUAGACGGAAAAUUAGCGAAUUUUAUCAGAAAUUGAGUGUUAAUCGUAUCAGAUAUAGUGAAGUUAAGGAAAAGCGUAUGGAGGCUAAGAGAAUACUCCAAGAAGUGAAAGAUGGUGUACAAGCCAAAGAGUGUGGGAAGAAAGAAGACAGUGAUGAUAUUGGUGAAACAUCUCAGUUAACUGAAAUUGCUCCAUUUCCAAUUGAAGAUGAUUUCUUAGCAUAUCCAGAUGUGCCCGAAGAAUCGGGAAAGGGUUCGUGGAAACGAAUGGGAAUUGGAGAUAUUGGACGAAGCUCAAGUGCGAAUCCGGGGAUGAAGAGGAAGGCCCUAUCAGAGAUUGGACGGCGUUUCAGUGAACUUGAUGAUGAACAAGACAGAUCAUCCAAUUUACUUGUGAAUGAACGCAAUAGUAGCUAUCCUGAUUCGAAAACAUACUCAUCAUUUAACACCAGUAGUCUCACUAUUAAAAGUGACCCUGGUCACAUAAAUAAUCCUAAAUCACUGCCUGCGAGUCCAACGCCACAUUUGGCACGUAAAGGAGCUCCAGAGGAAGCAGUCCGACAUCACCCAUCCUUCCUACAUGACAUGUCUAUUCAGUCCGAUUCCAGUCGAUGUUCUAGUGUUGAAAGUUUAUUGGAAGCUCGAAAACCUGAUGCAGAAACAAUUCUCAUAAAUCUAGGAUUUGGUCCAGUGCAAUCGGAAGAUAUUCUAUCGAGAAUUCCUAAGAGAUUUCUCAAACCAUCCCAAGUACGUGGAAUUGACACUGAUGCCUUCCUAAAGCAACAACAACUGGCCAAUCAUUUGCACGAUCAUAGUGUUUUGGGAUAUCGUGGUUUAGUCGGUAAUCCUCAUACACCCCCUUCGCUAAUUGUAGCCAAGAUUAUGGAAAGAUUCCAAGCCAACGAACGACAGAGAAUCUUGGCUGAUUUAAGUGGAAAUCAUCAAAUGACUUAAUUGAUUGAGUCUUAAGGACUAGAAAGUGAUGCUUUUACGUUUUUGUCUUAACUUUUGUAAACACUCAACUACGAAAGGUAAUUUUUUUUUGACAACAUUCCAAAUAUUUUUUUUUUAUACAUUGAAAAGGGAAAAUAUUUGUCACAGUUGCACCAGGUAAUCAUUAAAAAAAAAAAACAGGAAAAAUAUGGUGUGGAAUUUUUCUUACAAUAUCGUUCUAAAUUUGGUAAAUGAAAGCAGGUACUAUUGUAGUUAGUGUGAUUACCUGGUUCUAGUUCAUAAUUGUUAUUUUAAUCUUCUCAACAUUAUGUGAUAAGAAAUUAAGUCAAAAAGAAGUGUAAUUUAAAAGCAAUUUGUUCUAAUUUUAGAUAAAAAAAAGAUCCAUUUAUUAACAUGUUGAAAUUUAUAUUUAUUUUGCAUAUAGGAUUAGUCAAUAAAAAAUGAUAAUUACUGCA